CAGAACCCGGGACCCACAGCACGGAAACGGCCCCGGGGCUGAGCAGCAGUCAGAUCCGGGGAUGGAGGGAGCCGGAGAAGAGGAGUGAGGAGGCCGUGGAAGCAGGCUCUGCUGCCCUCCUGGAGGCCGGCAGCCUGCUGUGGCAGUGGAGGACCAGGCCACCCAUAAAGGGAAGGGGUCAGGAGGUCGGGGCCCCCGCCUUAGAGGGCUCAGACCAGGCCCCAGCAGGAAGCAGCAGGCCUUCAGGGCCCAGGCCUGGCUCGGUUGUCCAAAGAGGGCCCUCAAGCAGGCCUCUCAGGCCUCUGGAGGGCAAACUGAGCCAGAGGCAGGCCUGAAAGCACGGCCCAGACGCGUGUGAGCCCAGUUAGACAUAGGAGGUUCGGGCCCUAGGGGGUGUGAGAGACUGAUGUGGUAGGGGGCUUCCGAGUCUCCCAGUCCAAAGCCGGAUUGGCCAGUUAGACGCUUGUAGAUCCAAGGUUGGAUUGGGGAGGGGUCUCUGGGAAGUUGGCUAGCAACGCUAGGAUUGGGGGGAUUCAAGUGCUUAGAGAUCGAAGGCUGGCCCUGGGUAGGGGGAGUCAGACAAUUGGAAAGCCGAGGUGUUAGCUGGGGAGGGGUCUUUGCGCUCAGAGGAAGCACAGAGCAGCACCUGCUUGGCUGCAGGCCUGCGAAGGGGACCAGGCUAGGCCAAGAGUGAAUAAACCUGGACUCUUAAGUGGGCAGGGGGCCCCUGAGCUGGGGGUCACAAAGGGUGAGACAUGGCCACGAGGCGUUUAACCGACGCUUUCUUGUUGUUGCGGAAUAAUUCCAUCCAAAACCGGCAGCUGUUAGCCGAGCAAGUGAGUAGUCACACCACCUCCAGCCCUCUGCAUUCACGUAGCAUUGCUGCGGAGCUGGAUGAGCUCGCUGAUGAUCGCAUGGCUCUGGUGUCAGGCAUUAGCUUAGACCCAGAAGCCGCAAUUGGUGUGACAAAGCGGUCCCCUCCUAAAUGGGUGGAUGGAGUGGAUGAAAUACAGUAUGAUGUUGGGCGGAUUAAACAGAAGAUGAAGGAGUUAGCCAGCCUUCAUGACCAGCACUUAAACCGACCUACCCUGGAUGACAGCAGUGAGCAGGAGCAUGCCAUCGAGAUAACCACACAGGAGAUCACACAGCUCUUCCAUAGGUGUCAGCGUGCGGUACAGGCGCUGCCCAGCCGGGCCCGCCGGGCCUGCUCGGAGCAGGAGGAGCGGCUCCUCCGAAACGUGGUGGCCUCGCUGGCCCAGGCCCUGCAGGAGCUGUCCACCAGCUUCCGGCACGCACAGUCCGGCUACCUCCGACGCAUGAAGAAUCGAGAGGAAAGAUCCCAGCAUUUUUUUGCUACAUCAGUACCGCUGAUGGACGAUGGCGAGGAUAAUACUCUGUAUGACCGGGGUUUUACAGAUGAGCAGCUAGUGCUGGUGGAGCAGAACACGCUGCUGGUGGAGGAGCGGGAGCGGGAGAUCCGCCAGAUCGUGCAGUCCAUAUCCGACCUGAACGAGAUAUUCAGGGACCUGGGAGCCAUGAUCGUAGAACAGGGUACUGUCCUUGAUAGAAUCGACUAUAAUGUUGAGCAGUCCUGUAUCAAAACUGAAGACGGCUUGAAACAGCUCCACAAGGCAGAGCAGUAUCAAAAGAAGAAUCGGAAGAUGCUUGUGAUUUUAAUAUUACUUGUCAUCAUCAUUGUCCUCAUUGUUGUCCUCGUCGGCGUGAAGUCUCACUGAGCAGCGUCGGGUUGGUGUGUGCGGCACGUGGCCCUGGGUACAAGGCCCGGCGCCCGUGGGCUCUGGCAGAGGUACGGCCCCGGCCUAGCCGGGGCAGUGGCGGCCCCAUGGACUCCUCGGCCCGGUCGUGCUCACGCGAGGGGAAGGGGCAUCUGUUCUUCAUUGUCGAGAUGUGAAGGACCUUGGAUACUGCUGCGGAAUAGAGAUGAGUUCUCACUUCAGUGAUUUUUUUUUUUUUUUUUUUUAAGAAAGAAAAUAUCAGUUGAAUGUUUACAGGCCUCCUCACGCUGUUUGAUGUAUCAUACCUGUAUAUGCUCUUUUUUUUUUCUAAGCAAUCAUGUUUGAGCAGCAUGUUAAAAGAAUUUUUGGAAAAAUUUUUUUAAACCAUCUGGUUUUUAAGAAAUUUGGUACCAGAAAUUUAUGCGUAGAGGCAAAAAUGCCUCUUCAUCUUUGUCUAUAUAUUUUCCAGUUGAAAACAAACUGAGAAAUCCUUUAAGAAUUUAUAAUCCGUUCCCCAUUAACUUAAUUUAACUUUUCCAUCACUGUUAAUGAUCAGAGUAACAAAGUGUGAAAAAUAAGAAACCAUCAUCGAUGUUAAUUAACACAUUUAGAUGGGCCAGUUAAAACAGCUUCAUAAGUUUAAAUUAAUUGUAAAUGGAGUAUUCCUCAUCUCAGAUUUGUGCACUGCAUUUUCUCCUGUAAACCGAAAGGGGUUACUAAGCAGAACCACCCAAAUGCAAAAGUUGAUGAUUUGAAAGAACCUCACAUCAAAAAGGCGCUCGGCAGUGUCGAAGAGUCACCAGAGGUGGUCGGUGUGUCCCCGUGCCCAUCCCCAGCCAUCCUUGCUCAGUCCGUUACUUAUAUAAUAACUGCAUAAAGACCUGUUCAAGCUAGACCCCACUUAAUGGACUGUGAAUUUACACAGAGGCCAUUUUAAAUGGGUCACCCCAUUUAGGAUUAGUGGGUCUCAAAUUAUUAACCAAACAUGACUCCAUUUCAAAGUAAAAUAUUCCCCCAGUGGUUUGAUUUAUUGGCCCUUCCAUUGCCAUUGAACAUGCCCAGAAGGUAGGCAUAUUCCUGCCAUUUGUGAAAAUCUUGGCUCAGAAAACCCCUCAUUUGUGUGAGCAUGAAUCUGUUCUCCAAAGCAGGACUUUGUGGUUCACUUACCUAUUAUCAAUAUGGUGCUCAAACAUAUUCCUGGACCUGUGGAGUAGUGUGGAAAGUGAUGAUAACUUUGAAACCUGAAGUUGUUCAUGUUUUAAUGGGUCUCGAGACACCAGUAUAGUUUUUUUUAAUGGUCUUUGUGUCAUUUUUGAUGGCUUUCCAUUGUUUUUACCUCUUGUAAAAUGUUUUAAAAGAGCAUGACCUCAUUAAGUGUGCUAUGUUUUAUUUGGACCAGUCACAUAACCUGUCUCUCUAGAAUUGACUUUGAAGUUAUUUCCAGAAAUUUAAACUCAAACCCUGAGAUUCAAGUUGUCCAAACAGGUCAUGUGCUUAAAACCCAGACACUGCCCAGCCUUUCUGUCCCAAGUGGUUCAUGAAGCUGGACAGUCCCUGGUUCCCUGUUCCUGACGUGGGCAUGGGGUGAUCUAAAGGCGUCCCUGGCAUAUCGGGAAGUAGCGUGGCAUUCCCUGACAGCUACUUACUAGGGAGGAAGGCUGGGAAUAAGGUCCAGCCCCUCCUCAGUUGCCCUUGAAGUGGGGGCUUCCUUGGUCCUUGAGAGCAGCUGUAGGCUCUUUAGCCUCAGUGGUUUUGAGCUCAGGGAGUCAAGCUGCUCCCAGGAUGGGGUCUGUCCAGAUGAGGGGCUCCCCUCCUAGACAGCCUGGAGUGGUUGGUGUUAAGGGUUAUUGUGGGAGCUUUUCCAGUGCUCAGGCUCACUGACCCUCUAAGGAACGUAAUCCUUUAAGAAAGGAUCACUAUUUAUUUGUAUUUAUUUUUAGUGAACAGGGUGAUGAGUUGGAUUUUUUUACCCAAUUCCUUUGGGUAAAAUAAUGAAUCUGACUAGGGAUGGCUUGAAGGAUCCUGUGUGGGAUCCCAACGGCUGCCCCCUCUGACUGGAUCCCCGGCAGCACCAGCUGAAGCCCAGCCAUCUGCUGCCAUCACCGUGUCCCCAGGCCAGCAGCAGCUGGAGCACGUGCUCCAACUUGCCAGGCUCCACGAAACUCUGUCUUGUUCUGUUGAGCCUCCUCUUGGGGACAGGUCAGCAGCACUGCAGGCUGGAGGGGGAAGUUAGCAAUUAGUGUCCUGGCACCUGAGGGUCCUCCUCUCUUUCCUCGUCUCACCUGUGGCUCUGGUGGCAAAGGUGGCCCCUCCUGGCUCUGCCCUCACCGCCGGGAGGGCACCUCCAGGCUCAGCCUGGACCCCUGCCCUCAGUGACGUGGCCUGCGUGGCUCUGUUGACCAGGGCUGGAGGGGGGACCCGUAGACGUUGCCUGUCAGGUCCCUGGAGCUCCUGAUCUUUCCUGAGAUGGGAACUGAGCACUACUGUCUCUUGUUUUAUUAAUUUGGGGUGGGGGGAGGUGCUGACUUGCCGACCCUGGGCGUGAAGCCGUGUUCAUCUCUAACGAAUUUACCGCAGUCUCUGCUAAUUGAGAGAGCAUUAUUUAUUUGUUUUGACACAAGUGCUUUCAGUGUUUUAUCCUAGCUAAUGGCUUCUUAAAGGUAAUAAAAACCUUCCAACCUAAUUGGUCAGAUAAGACUUUUGUGUGUGUGUGUGCUUAAAUAAAGCAAUUAGUGAAGCGCUUCUAUCCAAAACAACUUUUUUUUUGUCCUUUUUAGAAAACUAAUUUACUGUUACUGGAAACUUUUUGUACAAUAAAGCAAUCAUGCAGAUUCAAGAACA